GUUGAAAGUACAAAAGCCAUAGCUGUAAGUCCUACUUAAAAAUAGUUCCAAGUCUGAACUAAGCUGACCGGAGGCGAUGAAUAAUCGACCGUUAAACUCUCUCCGGCCAACCGAAACCCUAGAACUCGAAAGCGGGCUCUCUCUAGUUCCACGAAUUAAGCUUCUCUUAACAGUCUACCGUGCUGACAAGUCAGUUAAUCCGAUCGACGAGUGGAAGUUCAAGCGAUCACUGAUCGAUUACAUAAAAUCCUCAUUCUCCAUCACUGUUCCUGAAGAGGACCUCGAAAUCCGGCGAUUCAAAGAUCUCAACAAGCGCAAGCGUGAGGAGCCGGUGGCGCGGGGUCGCCUUUUCGUUCACGACUUAGGGUUUCUGUCGAAGGUGAUUGGUGAAACUGAGGAUGAUGUGGAGAGAGCUGAUAAGAAGUUUCUAGAAUGGAGGAGAGGGUUUGUGGAUAAAUUGGAUGGGAUUGAGUUGAAUUUGGAAGGUACGAAGUUUAAGUUGAAUGUUGCUGUGCCGGCGUCUGAUAAUUUUGAAGGAAUGAAGAAGGAGUGGGAAGAGAUUAUUGCUUUUGGUUCUCGUGGAUAUCAGAGGAGUGCAAAGAUGCAGCCAGAUACAAUCGUGUUGAAAGGUAUGCCAUCACGAUGGUUUGCAGAGACGAGGGUCUCAUCUAAGCCCUCUAUGCUGGUUACUCACACAAUUGUUUCUGCACUUGGAAAGAUAAGGAAUCUUCAUGUUGCUGAGGACAAUAGUAUAGGUGACGAUGCAGAUGAAGAAGACAUAGUUUCUGGUCUUCAUUGUAAGAUUGUAGUACGGUUUGAGAAACACAAGGACUUCUAUGACACCUUGAAGAUUUUGUGUAGUCGCUCAUUGCAAAAGCAAGGAUCGCGACUCAGAGCUGAUUAUGACGUGACUUGGGAUAAAGACGGAUUCUUCCGAGAUGCUAGACAUCAAAUAGAAGAAAGAAAGAGAAUGCCAGCUAGAGGAGUGGAAGAAAGAGAUGAAGGUCAUAGGCAACAAUCGCCAGUAUCUCAAUUUAGUUCUGAGGAAGGACGGCGAAAGAGAUUUAAGGAAUAGGGGCAGGAGUGUUAUGUUUGUCACCUUUGGAGAAUCCCCUGAUCAAAACGGAGACCUGAAGAUGAAAUGUAGUUUUUAAAAGGAUCAAGACAUGAUAAAUUAUCUGAUUCUAUUAUGUGGCUCUAUUUUAACAGGUAUAUGUUCCUUCUACAGAGCCCAAGUUGUACCUUCUUCUGAAUUAAAAAAAUGUGUCAACUUAAUUUAAUCUUCGAAAAAGCUCUCAAGCAAUUGGCAACCCACAUGCCUUUGCUGUUGCUUUGUUAUGAGCAAGUCAAUGCCUUUAAAUUCUA